GUGACAUUUUCACAGUCCGCUUGCUGCUGCCAAAGGGGUUUGGGGGGAAGAGACAAAAAGUAGUUUUUUUUUUUUCCUCCUCCUCCCUCUCCUCCUCCUCCUCUUCCUCCUCCUUCUUUCUCUUUCUAAUCCCGCCAUCCUAGUUCACAAAGCUGGGUGGUUUUUCUCUGUACAUCCGGAUAGCACAGAAACACUCAUUAUUGCAUUUGGGUUUCAGUGAGGUUUUUUUUUUUUUUUUUAAUCCCCGAAAGAGAGAAAUACACGCACGCUCAGCCUGCCGAGCUGGGUCUUUUUUCUUUUUUUUUUCGCUUUCCUUUCCUUCGUUUUUUGUUUUUUUUAAAAACCGAGCUGCUGUUUUUAAAGGCGAGAGAAGAGAAGCGACCGGUGAUCCAUUUAUUGGCGUAGGGGGUUUUGGGUGUUUUUUUUUUAUAAUUUAUUAUUAUUAUUAUUUUUUUUAAAUUUUAAAAUGAACAAGCUGUACAUCGGGAACCUCAGCGAGAACGCGAGCCCCUCGGAUUUGGAAAGUGUCUUUAAGGACUCCAAGAUCCCCUUCACCGGCCCGUUCCUGGUGAAGACGGGGUACGCCUUCGUGGACUGCCCCGACGAGAACUGGGCGAUGAAGGCCAUCGAGGCGCUUUCAGGUAAAGUGGAACUGCACGGCAAACUCAUAGAAGUCGAACACUCAGUCCCCAAAAGGCAAAGGAGUCGGAAACUUCAGAUCAGAAAUAUCCCGCCUCACUUGCAGUGGGAGGUGCUGGAUAGUUUAUUAGCUCAAUAUGGAACGGUGGAGAACUGUGAGCAAGUGAACACUGACACAGAGACUGCAGUAGUAAACGUAACAUACGCCAACAAGGACCAGGCUAGGCAAGCAAUAGAAAAGUUGAAUGGCUUCCAGCUGGAGAACUACGCUUUGAAAGUCGCCUAUAUCCCGGACGAGAUGGCGGCCCAGCAACCCCCGCAGCAGCACCCCCCAGGGCGCCGUGGGUUCGGGCAGCGGGGCCCGCAGCGCCAGGGAUCCCCCGGAGCCACCGUGAGACAGAAGCCCCAAUCAGACGUGCCUUUACGCAUGCUGGUCCCCACACAGUUCGUCGGAGCCAUCAUAGGCAAAGAAGGCGCAACCAUCCGGAACAUCACAAAACAGACGCAGUCCAAAAUUGAUAUUCAUCGUAAAGAAAAUGCAGGUGCCGCUGAGAAGCCAAUUACUAUCCACUCUACGCCUGAAGGCUGCUCGACGGCAUGUAAAAUUAUUAUGGAGAUUAUGCAAAAGGAAGCUCAAGAUACAAAAUUUACUGAAGAAAUACCUUUGAAGAUUUUAGCACAUAACAACUUUGUGGGUCGACUUAUCGGCAAAGAAGGAAGAAAUCUUAAAAAAAUCGAACAGGACACGGACACUAAAAUCACAAUAUCCCCUUUGCAGGACUUAACGCUGUAUAACCCAGAAAGGACCAUUACAGUAAAAGGCAGUAUUGAAACUUGUGCCAAGGCUGAGGAGGAAAUAAUGAAGAAAAUCAGGGAGUCUUAUGAAAAUGACAUUGCUGCUAUGAAUCUUCAAGCACAUUUAAUUCCUGGAUUAAAUCUGAAUGCCUUGGGUCUGUUCCCACCUUCCUCUUCAGGGAUACCCCCUCCCACAGUGGGAGUUGCCUCAGCUGCAGCUGCUACUUCCUAUCCGCCAUUUGGGCAACAACCCGAAUCAGAGACUGUUCAUCUGUUCAUUCCAGCCUUGGCUGUGGGAGCCAUUAUUGGCAAGCAGGGACAACACAUCAAACAACUUUCUCGUUUUGCUGGAGCUUCUAUUAAGAUUGCACCCGCUGAAGGACCGGAUGCAAAGCUGAGAGUAGUGAUAAUCACAGGACCACCAGAGGCUCAGUUUAAGGCUCAAGGAAGAAUCUACGGGAAGCUUAAAGAAGAAAACUUCUUUGGACCUAAAGAAGAAGUGAAACUUGAAGCUCAUAUAAAAGUGCCAUCUUAUGCUGCUGGUCGAGUCAUUGGUAAAGGAGGCAAAACGGUAAAUGAACUACAGAAUUUGACCAGUGCAGAAGUUGUAGUUCCUCGUGACCAGACACCUGAUGAGAACGACCAAGUGGUUGUCAAAAUAACGGGCCAUUUCUAUGCAUGCCAGCUUGCCCAGAGAAAAAUCCAGGAGAUCCUGGCCCAGGUGAGAAGGCAGCAACAGCAGCAGAAGACGGCGCAGAGCGGACAGCCUCAGCCCAGACGAAAGUAAAGGUUCAGGAAAUGGCCCAUCACAGAGACAGAUGCCAGACCAAAGACAGACUGCGUAAAAGACAGAUGGGUGACACACACCUGUCGGGAAGUGACAUGCAGAAGUUCCACCUAGCCAGUCGCUUGUUUGAGGACCAGGCAACCUUUGAACUCCUGUCUCUGUGAGAAUGUAUUCUUUAUGCUCUCUCAAACUUUUGAAACCCAGCUUUAAAAAAAAUAAGGACCCCUUCACUUCCCUUUUGUUCUACUCUCACAACUUAGCAUAAAUUUGCUAGUUUUUUUUUAUUGUUCUUAAUAAUCCCCAGCAAUUUUAGAACUUGGUUUAAUGAAGCUUUCUCUUCUGAGUUUACUGGUUAAAAAAAAAAAGGCAUUGCUCUUAUAGGUCCAGUUGCAUAAAAAAACAAAAAAAAACAAAAUUAGUUGGGUGGGCUUACCGGGUGGGUUAGAAUUAGAGCUGAGAUAUUAACAAGAGUUUACAUGCUAAACCCAAUGUUAAAGAAAAUGGCAUUUUUUUAAAUGAUUGGUUGCAUUUUUACCUAACACUGCCAAGAAUAACCUAAGGGAAGUGUUGCAUGGUGUUGUCCAGGGCAUGAAAAGAUAAAUAUGCAUUUUUUACUAAACUACCUCAGGCAUUUAGUACCUCAAUGAAAAAUUGUUCCUUUUUUUGCUCUUUUUUUUUUUUGGUAUUUUGUAUACUUUAUAAAGCUAAUAGUUCUUGAGCAUUUUAUUUUUUUAAAAAAAAAUUUAAAAUUUGAUCAGCCACCAGCCAGGACUGCGAGAUUACUGGGAAUAGAGUAUGCGUGGCUUCUAGCUGAUGGCUGAUGGGAGUAAGUUGGAAAAAAAUAACCUCAGGUUUUCUGAGACUGACACCAUCAUUUGUUUAAAAAAAAAUUCAGUGAAUGUUUAAAGAUACUGAAUGAUGCCAACGUUCUGAGAGCAGCAAUGCCGUUUAUUUUUUCUUUUAAGAUGGGAUGAAAAAAGUUUGUGACGGUACUUUUUUUGGGAACAGAACAAGGGAGUGAUGGCAAGAGGCUGGGGUUGGGGAAAAGUUGAGGUGGGUGCAGGCGGCUGAAUUUUUUGUGUGUGCUAUUUGAUUGAAUGCAUGAACCCUUUGUGCCUUUGACCAUCACUACCUAAAGAAAUGAUGCUACAUUGAAACGUGCAGCCCAUUUGGACUUUGCCAUUCUGUUCAAAGAGCAAGCUUCAUCUUCUUCAGUUUUCAUAGGACACCGUCUGCUGGGCAUUCCCGAGGCCGUCGAGCCUCUGCUCGCAGCAGGCCACAACGUUAAAUGCUUCGUUAUGACGACCGGGGGGUUGGGGAGGGGGGGGUUGGGAGGAGGUCAAACCCGAUUUGACCACAUUUAAAGAAAACGAGCCGCUGUCAUUGGCCACACUAAGCCACUUUGAAGGUUUUAAGCAAAAACGACAAAAACAAGAAACAUGUAGAAAACGCUAUUAAAGGAAAGAAAAAAGCAAAAAAACCUCCUAGCCUGGCUUACAAUAGAAUGCAGCAGGAUUUAUGCACAUUCUGAACCGACCGUUUUAUAAACAAAAUCAUCAAAGGCAGGGAAACCAGGAAAGCUACCAAAUUUCCUUUUCAUUUCAGAAUGUAAUUUGAGUAACGAUUGUGGUGACACAACACAUUCAAGUUCCUACAAUACACUUCAGUCUACCUCAGUUUUGAAAUGUGGCGGCAACACUUGGUGCAUAAAGACUGCUGUGUGUAUGGGUGUGUGCGGGUGCGUGCGGGUGUGGUCUACACAGAGCCAUGCUAUUACCUCUGAACCUUUUUUUUUUUUUUUUGUGAUGUUUUUGUGCAUGAGAUGAUCAGCAUCACCAUGCUGCACUGAUUUGAGGGGCACAACUAGCAAAACCAUUUUUCAUCAUUUUGUUGAUCUACCUCUUAGAUUCAUAUUGAAAUAGAGGCAUUUCUACAUAGAAUAGUUAAUUUUUUUUCCCAAAGAUCAUUAUUGUACAGAUUAGAUAACUUUGAAAAUGGUCUGAAGUGUUUUUCCUGCAUCUCUUCUUUACUAAUUAAUUGGUUUAAAAACCCUCAAACUUAUGUUGUAGUUUUAGCAGAGAAAUGAACAGUUCUUUUCCUCCUGACAGUGAACUUCACCUAGUGUUUAGAUAUUUUUUUUUUCUUAAAAUGAAUUAGUGUUACUGAAGUAUUUACAGUCACGAACUAGUGUUUUGGAUUUUGGUUGAGGCACGUUUAAGCCCACCGUUACUUCUUAACAUUUGAGAGACUUUGUUUUCCAUAAAGUUUGUUGGCAAAUAGGUGCUACAUUUACAUCUGCUGAUUUAAAUACUGUCAUCUCUCUUGAAUUUCUAGCCUGUUAGUGUGGUGAAUCAUUUUAUUUUCAAUUAAGACUUGGUCAUUUGGAGUAUCUGGAAAUAGCUAGGAAGUAAUUCUUCUGUAAAGAAAUUUAAUAUCCACAAAGUAUGGAUCAUUUUUCAUCUGUAAUGUGCCCCCCAAUGCAGCUCCACUUGCCAGAUGCCUCUGAAUGGAAUAAAGAGUUUAACUCCUAUCCUUAGG